UCAUUUGAGUUUCAGCGCUGAACCGGGCAACAAUCUUUCACUCCUCCGCUCUGCGCCGCUCGAUACCGUCGCGACAUCUAUCAUACCAUACCAUACAUAUGUGUGUAUCGAUCUAGCCGUACAACUAGAGCAGAUUGAAAGUGUUUUUCCCGAAUAGAGAGCAUAGAGAAAAACUCGACAAGUUUAAUAACCAUUAAUGAUUAAUCCAAAGAGUGUGUCCCGUGCCGCAUGAUUACCGUGUGAUCGACCCUCGAAUUGAUUCGAGUUCGGAAAAUUAAUUGCACAAAUAUGAGAAUCAAUAUCAAUACGCGUAUGCUAAUGAUGAUUAUGCCUCAUUUAUAGUGCGUUAAUUGGACGUGAAAUUGCCAUAGAAAUAUACAUACAUACAAAUAUAAUAAAUAAUUGGCAUAACAGCCCAUAAUCCAAACAAAUAUCGAAUAGCCAAUCUCUCAGUGAGUGUGUUGUGAGUCGCAGUGUGUCGCAGCAACAAACAAAAAAUGGAUAUAAGCUAUAUCUUUGUGAUCUGCUCCCUGAUGCUGGCCCUGUGCCUCAGCCAGGCCGAGAGCAAACAAAAGUCUGGACGGGGCCGAGGCUCCAUGUGGUGGGGCAUUGCCAAGGUCGGCGAACCGAACAAUAUGUCGCCCAUCACCACUGGCAUUAUGUACAUGGAUCCCGCCAUACACUCCACACUGAGAAGGAAACAGCGUCGCCUGGUACGGGACAAUCCGGGUGUACUGGGAGCCCUCGUCAAGGGCGCCAAUCUGGCCAUCAGCGAGUGCCAGCAUCAGUUCCGUAAUCGGCGAUGGAACUGCUCGACCAGGAACUUCCUACGAGGCAAAAACCUAUUUGGCAAAAUUGUCGAUCGAGGCUGCCGCGAGACGGGCUUCAUCUAUGCCAUCACCAGCGCCGCGGUGACCCAUUCGAUAGCUCGGGCCUGCAGCGAGGGCACCAUCGAGUCCUGCACCUGCGACUACAGCCACCAGUCGCGCUCCCCGCAGGCCAACCAUCAGGCGGGCAGCGUGGCCGGUGUCCGUGACUGGGAAUGGGGCGGCUGCUCCGACAAUAUUGGAUUCGGCUUCAAGUUCUCCCGCGAGUUCGUGGACACUGGCGAGCGUGGACGCAAUCUGCGCGAGAAGAUGAAUCUGCACAACAACGAGGCGGGCCGUGCGCAUGUCCAGGCGGAGAUGCGCCAGGAGUGCAAAUGCCACGGCAUGUCCGGCUCUUGUACGGUGAAGACCUGCUGGAUGCGCCUCGCCAAUUUCCGUGUGAUCGGUGACAAUCUGAAGGCACGUUUCGAUGGCGCCACCCGUGUCCAGGUCAGCAACAGUCUCCGGCAGAGUGCCAAUGCCGUCGCCGUGGUGAGUCCCAAUGCGGCGGGCUCCAGCUCCGGCGGCUCCAAUGGCCUGCUGCAGUCCGCAGUCAGCGUCUAUGAGGAGGAGGAGCGAAUGCUGAACGAUCACAUGCCCGAUUCGUUGCUGGACAACACGCAUCUGAGCAGCAAGAUCCAUCAUCCAAAUAUGCCAUCGCCAAAUAGCUUACCCAUGGCGGGUGCAAGGUCCAGGAAUGGACGUCGUCAGGGUCGCAAACAUAAUAGAUAUCAUUUCCAAUUGAAUCCACACAAUCCCGAGCAUAAGCCACCUGGCUCCAAGGACAUUGUCUACCUGGAGCCUUCGCCCAGUUUCUGCGAGAAGAAUCUGAGACACGGGAUCCUGGGCACUCAUGGCCGUCAGUGCAACGAGACCUCGCUGGGCGUCGAUGGCUGUGGCCUGAUGUGCUGCGGGCGUGGCUAUCGGAGAGACGAGGUCGUCGUCGUGGAGCGAUGUGCCUGCACUUUCCACUGGUGUUGCGAGGUCAAGUGCAAGCUGUGUCGAACCAAGAAGGUCAUCUACACGUGUCUAUAAGUAGUUACCACCCCACCUCAACCCACCCCCCCACAAAAUCCAUCCUCAUUCUAUCUGAAACCACUCUCUUUUCUAUGUGUAUGUGUUAUGUAUUUUGUCUACGCUUAGCCUUUGUUAUUAGCCACUUAAGAGCCUAGACUAUAGCCUAGUUAACGAUACAGCUACCAUCGCCCCUUUUUUCACUCCCCUGCCCUCCUCCCCACUCCCCACAUAUCGUAUUUAACUCUCACUUUUCUGAUAGCAGUAUUACGGGAGGAAUCAAUGAAUAGAUUUCAUGAGGAAUACAACUUAUGUUUGCCCAGUUUUUAGUUAUGUAAGCAAGCCAGCAAAUUAUUUUGUAAAUUACAAUUGCUGCACGUCCAUCCCUUAGUUUAGGGUGUAAUUUUAGUUUAGCUUAAAGUUUUACUAGCGCGUCCCCCUACUCUCUGUAAAUCUUUGCUUCUUUCUCUAAACGAAAAUCAUUUUUAAAUCAUUUUUAAAUCAUCGAAAAACAAGACUGAAAAAAUUCAAUAUCGCCGCGCCGCUCUCCCUCCGUCUAUAUCGUUCGAAUAUCGAAUAUUGCUUCCAUGUGUGCUUUGGCCGGGUUCAAAGCAGAUGGCAAGCGGGAAUAGAUCAGAAAUCAUUUAGCAAAUAAGCGAAAAAAACCCAAGACUGGAAUACAAUUGGAAUGGAUAUUCCAAGAUGGUAUUUCCAAAUAUAGACUUGGUCCCCAAAUCAUUUACUACUUUUUGUGUACAUAAAUAAGAUUUAAUUUAAUUUUAGUCUUUGUCCAAAUUAACCAUCCACCCAUUUGUUGCUUGGAAUUUAUGAAAUUUUGCACAUACUCGUAAGAGAAGAAAAUCAUAUGAAAUAUAUUUUUUUUUUGGUCACUCAUUUAAUUUAUAUGUUUUUUGUCCCCCCCCCGCCCCCGCCGGUUGUGCGUUAGUGCCCCGCCCAACCCAUUGUAGGUAUUACUAAUUAAUUAAAGUGCACAUGGCUGGUUAGUCGAACUAUAAAUAAUUUCUAGGCUUAAAAUUAUACAUAUACAUAUAUAUCUUUAAUUAAUUUAUACUAGAUGAUAGAUGAUUCAAUUUUGUAAAGUAUUAAUGCGAGCGAGAAACAACAAAAAUCAGAGAAACUAAAAAUUAAAAAUUAAAAACAAAAAACAACAAC